CAUUGUCGGCUGAGCCAGUUCUCGUUCUCCCAACUGACGCCACAUGCGCGUUGUUCGGCUCCCGACAUUAUAACAUUUAUCCGAGCGGUUACGCGCUGUCACAGAGCGAAAAUGCUGCUGCACGGUGUCAUCGGUAUUUUCGUCGUUCAAUUGGCAGUCAGCGAGGGCUUGCCGCACUUGGCGAGGGUGGGAGACUACGACAUGUUGAUAUUCAUGCAGGCCUGGCCGCCAACAUCCUGCUACGAGUGGGAGGAGAAGAAUCCGUCGCACAAGUGCAACUUGCCGCCGAACGAAGAGUGGUCGAUCCACGGCCUGUGGCCGGAGAAACUGCACACGAUGGGUCCGUUCUUUUGCAACAGCUCGCUGCACUUCGACAUGAAGUCACUGGAGUCAAUACGCGCGGAGCUCGAAGUCAAAUGGAUAGACGUGCACAAGGGCGCCAAGCCGCACGUGUUCUGGCGCCACGAGUGGGAAAAGCACGGCACCUGCUCGGUCGACAUCGAGAGCAUGAGCACCGAGGUCAAGUACUUCAAGAAAGGACUCGAUCUACUCGACCAGUACGACAUGAAGCACGUGCUCGGUAAGGCCAACAUGCUGCCCAACCAGAAGUACCAGCUGCACGAGUACUUGGACGCGGUGCGCCAGGUCCUGGGCGUCGACGCCUUCGUGGGCUGCGUGCACAACUCGAAGAGAAACGAAGUUUACGUAUCCGAACUAGGGAUAUGCCUCGACAAGCAGUUCCGACUCAUUGGCUGCGAGGGCAUGAUGCAUUUUCCGAGCAACUGCAAUAAAGCAGCGCCGAUCAUUUAUCCGGGAAGCACGCCAAAUAUCACUGUUCAGCCAGUCGUAAUCAACGUGUAGGCGCAGUGCAAAGUUAAACUAUAUUCCGUUGAGCAAUCAAGUCCAAGAUGUAGUCGCCGCAAAUGACUUUCCGAGCUCAAGUUCAUUCACGACGACUUACAAUAGAACGGAUUUUUUGCUCGGCCAAAUUGCAAGAUAACGAAAGUAUUUGUCAUGUUGUCGUACGAUUUCUUGAUUGAACUCUCUGAACUCGACGAGCAAAUGUUCUGCAACGUGUUCAUAUCAAAUCACGAACGUGCGUAUAUCACGUGUCUAAUAGCUAUACUAAGUAUUCCAGGAAAUGUGCGAAACAAGUUUUCAGCAAAACAAGUCUAUCAAUUGCAAUGAUUAGCUUGUGGCGCGCACAAAUGCGAUUCGCGAUUCAUGCUAAUUGGACAGUUAGCACGUGUUAUUAAUUCGUAUACCCAUUGUGUUCCAUUGCUCUUCGUGUACCCACGUACUCUUGUAAACAAAUCCAAGAUCGGCUAGUUAUUCUUUUAAUCAAACGAAUAAAACAGAUACAAAAAAACACA